AUCCCAUCUAACCAAUAUAAAAUAUGGUUAUAAAGAUAAUUCGAUUGGCAUUAUCUAUAUAGUGUUAAAUGUUCUUGCAUGAAUGUAAUGAAAUAAUUUAAACUUAAGGGUGUGUAAAUGAAUAUUUUAAUUCUUUCCCUUUUCCUACAAUCGAGAGUAAAAUAGUGAAAUUUUAUUUUAUUGAUGUGCUCGUAUACAUUGUAUUUUUUGUAAACAAAAUAUGGAUAUAUGUGAGAUGCAUAGUGAAAGCGAAGAAGGAACAAUUGUAUCAGACUUUGAAGAAGAUUUUACAGAAGAAUUAUGUAAUUUACCUCACGUUUUAAAAUUUAUAUGUAAGCUGCGUAACCAUAUUAAAAGGCAGCGGAAGAAAAUUAAUAAAUUACGAAAUAAACUCAAUGAACAGAAGCAUCAAAACUUGCUUUUGGAAAAAACAUUUGUACACUAUGGGACUCAGACUGAUCUGCUUAAUCUUGAUAAAUCAUUAUUGCAAAAUUGGAAUAUUAAUAAUGAUGUUAAAUCAUCUAGUAUAGUAGAUCAAGUAAAGCAUGUAGCAGAAUCAGCUUUAUUACAAAAUGGUUUUGUUUACGAAGAAACAUCGGGAAUGUAUUAUGAUUAUAAUACUGGAUAUUAUUAUGAUACGAGGCAAGGUCUGUAUUAUGAUGGAAAUACUGGGAUAUAUUACUACUAUGAUGAGGCUAGUAAUACCUAUCAAUUCCACAGUCAAGUCAAAGGUUGUGUAAAUGAAGAUACUACUGUGCAAUUUCCCAUUUGCCGAAAGAAGAAAGAAAAAAAAAAUGGGAAAACACAUAAGGAUAACAUAAAAAAACGAAAAAUUGUAAAUGAAGAAGAAAAUUCAGAAGAUACAGAGCCGGAAGAGGGUGAAUGCUCAGAAAGCGAAAAAGAUGACGUUUCUGAUCAAAUUACUCCUGAUAUAUCUACUAAUAGCGAAAGCGACUAUGAAGAAGAACCAGAUUUAGCGAAAAGUUAUCCACCAUGUAUGAGGAUUAUUGUAAAGGAAACAGAUUUACCAAAAUUAAAAGUGGGCUCCCUUUUUCUCGUGAUCUGUACAGGAGGUUCGUUAGGUCGAGAAGGAGAUCAUUCGGUACUAAUACCAGAUAUAAAUGUUAGCAAGUAUCACGCACGUUUUACAUAUGAUGAAAUUAAGAAACAGUAUCAUGUAAUAGAUUCUGGAUCGAGAAAUGGCACAUUUUUAAACGGCAAGAGAUUAUCAGUAGCUAAGCAAGAAUCCGAAGCUCAUGAGAUAACGCAUGGUUCAAUUAUAAAAAUUGGCGAAACAAAACUAUUAUGCCAUAUUCAUAAUGGAAAUGAAACGUGUGGUCAUUGCGAGCCAGGUCUUGUGCAACAAAAUAUCAGUUUCGAUGAAAAUAAAGUUUCCAAAAAGGAACUUCAUAAAGAAGAGUUACGACGUCUGAAACACAAAUUCGGAUUUGUAAAGGAUAAUGUUAUGUUUAAUAGUCAAUUAGGUUCAGGUUAUCAAGAUAGAGCGCUAGCUAGGAGACAACAAGUAGGCUCCUCACAUCAUCUUGUUAAGACUGAACAAAGUUCAAUUCACACAUCGAUUGCAAAGGAUAACAAAGGAUUCAAAAUACUUUCAAAAAUGGGCUGGUUCGAAGGACAUUCCUUAGGCAAGGACGGAGACGGAAUAACAGAACCUGUACCUAUCAAAGGCAAUUACAACAAAGCGGGUAUUGGAUCGAGUGAAGCGGACUUUCCUAGUAUCGAACUAGAUUCUAACACGGAGAAGAAACAGAUAAUGUGGCGAAAAACUCAGGAACGUUAUAAAGAAAUAAAGGAUUAAUUGUUAAUAGACAUAUUAAUUCAAAGUGAACUCAUGUAUAUAUACAAUCACGUGUAUUGUAAAAAACUUAAAAUAUUUGUACAUAAAUUAUAUUUAUAACUUUGCAACAAAAUGCAAACUUAUAUAUAUCAUUGGAAAAUGUGAAUUUUGUUAAUGAAUUGUGUUUGACAAAUAUAAAUAUAAAUUGCUGAAAAAGGCUUUGGUUCA